AGGACCUUCUGCAGCUCUCCCAACAAAUGCAAACUCUGCAGGAAGCAUUCCAGAACAUGGAGCGGUCCACACAGUGUGAGCUGCAGAUGAUAAGAGCAGACAUGAAGAAUGAACUAGGAAGGAGAGUGAAGGAAAAUACCUCAAGGGUCUUGGAAUCCAUACAGCUGAUGGACAUCCAGCAGCUCUCCCAAGAAAUCGAAACUCUGGAAAAAACUUUGCAGACCACAUUGGGGUCCACAAAAUUCGACUUAGACCUUCCAGUCCUACGGUCCUACAAAGGAGAUGUCAUCCUGGAUGCUGACACAGCUCAUCCCAGACUGGAAAUCUCUGCAGAUGGGAGGACAGUGAAAGAUACUGGUGUCAUCAGAUUCUUGCUCAAAAACGAGAAGAGAUUUGAUUCCCAUCUGUUUGUGUUGGCAAAGGAAGGAUAUACUUCUGGGAAACACUAUUGGGAAGUAAAUGUUGGGACAAGAAAAAACUGGGCCUUGGGCAUUGCCUGUGAAUCUGUGACUCGCAAAGGCACUUUGACUCUGUGUCCUGAGAAUGGCUUCUGGGUUAUCGCGUGUGUGGAUGGGCAUGAUUAUUUGGCCUGCACGAAUCCUUGGACCUGUCUGACUGUGACUGGCUAUUUGUCACAGAUUGGCAUCUUCUUGGACAUCCCAGCCAAGAAGGUUUCUUUUUAUGAUGUCUUUAAGGCAGUAGCUUUGUACACUUUGAGUAUUGCUGAUGGCAGCAGACAGGAAGGCAAAUUCCUUCCCUUCUUCUCUACAGGCCUUGCUGCUGCUGAGCCUGACACUGAGCCCCUAGCAAUACUGCAGUUUUCUGAUGAUGAUGAGUAGUUUACUCUGCAUUUCAAAGGUCAAUACUGUGAUUGAAUCACAUUGUAAUCAGGCUGCUGAUUUGUGUCUUCCGAACAAA